GAUGGUUGGACCUGCUGUCCUUCCGUCCCUUUGUCUCGGGCAAGGCGGCGCCUACGUGCCGCUUGUGGCGUCCGGCUCGGUGAGGGGCUGGGAACCACGGGGGCAAGCUGGCCAGACCAUGGCGUUGAGGUCUCAAGGUGCAAGGACACAUAUAUACUGGAAGUAACGCGCAACUGGAGCUGCGCGGCAUUCCACUGCCCUCAUCCGCCAAGCUGCCUUGCUUCUCGGCAAACAUACCAUUAUCCAUGGCUGGAGAGGCGGCUUUCCUCGCCGUGGCGCUCAGCGCGGGCGCGUACAUCGUCUUGGUUGGCAUCGAAUUUCUUACGCGGCGCCACCACCUUGUGCCCGAGUUGGUGUCCGCGUAUGCCUCGCUCAGCAUCGCGGUGCUCCUCGCACUGCCCGUGUUUGUCGCCACGCGGCGGCGCUACCUGCACCUGCGCGGGAUGCGCCUCCACGGCACGCUCCCGGCGCUCGUCUACCCGCACAAAGACCCGGUGCUGGGCAUCGACUGGCUGCGGCUCAUGACGGGCGCGCUGCGGCGCAACGCGGUGCUCGAGACGUGGCACGAGCUGUUCACGCGCACCGUCGGCCAGACGUUUUGGCAUCUCUCCAUCGGGUCGUGGAUGAUCAUGACGAACGAGCCCGAGAACGUCAAGGCUCUCCUGUCGACGCAGUUUGACGCAUGGCCCAUUGGCGGCACGCGCCAGAAGACGACUCAGCUCGCCCUCGGCCCGCAUGCCAUCUUCUCCGCCAACGGCAAGGAGUGGGCCGACGCCCGCGCUCUCAUCCGCCCGAGCUUCGUGAGAAACCAGAUCGCGGACUUGGAGUGCACGGACAGGCACGUGGAAACCUUCCUAGGGCGGCUGCCGCGGGACGGGUCGACCAAGGUGGACUUGCAGGCGUUGCUGUACAUGUUCACCAUGGACACGUCGACGGACUUUAUGUUUGGCUACUCGACCGACAUGCUCGUCAACCCGACCCCGCGGGCUGUAAAGUUCACGCAGUCCUUUGAGUACGCGCUGUUGUCCUCGGCAAGCCGCGCGCGGCUAGGCUGGCUGCUUCUCCUGCUGCCGGACCGCAAGCUGAACGACUCGGUCGCGUUUUGCAAGUCGUACAUCGACGGGUAUGUGUCGGAGGCGCUCCGGCGCGGCAAGUCGCAGGAGCGGCCAUACGUCUUCAUGAACGAGAUGGUCGACUCGGGGGCGUCGCACAGCCAAAUCACGGAGCAGCUGCUGGCCAUGAUCUUGGGAGGGCGGGACACGAGCGCCAGCACCAUGAGCAGCAUGUUCUGGGAGCUCGCGCGGCGGCCCGAGGUGGUGCGGCGGCUGCGCGCCGAGGUGGCUGACCUGGAGGGGCGGAGGCCGACGUGGGAGGACCUCAAGGGGCUCAAGUACCUCAACAAUGUGCUCAGGGAGGGUGAGAGACGUUCCCGUCCAAGUUCCAUACUAACAGGUACUACUAUGAUGAAGACUUGAUGGCUGACGGGCAAGGCAGCGCUGCGUCUCUGGGCGCCAGUCGUCACCAACAUGCGCACCGCCAACAAGGACACGGUGCUCCCGCGAGGCGGCGGCCCGGACGGCCAGGGACCAAUGUUUGUGCCCCAGGGGACGAGUUGCCGGUUUGUGCUGUACAGUCUGCACCGACGCAAGGACGUCUACGGGGACGAUGCGGAGGAGUUUCGCCCGGAGCGGUGGGAGAAUCUGCGCAUGAGCUGGGAGUAUGUCCCCUUCAGCGGUGGCCCGCGCAUCUGCAUUGGGCAGCAGUUCGCCCUGACCAUGAUGUCGUACCUCACCGCCCGCUUCUUCCAGGUCUUUGAGAGCAUCGAGGCUGCCGACGACGCGCCAAUGGAGCAGCAGGCCAGCACCACGAUUAGCCUGGUCAACGGGUGUUGGGUGAAGCUGACGCCGGUGGGAGGUGCGGCUUGAGAGCAAUGGGUGCGGGAGUUGAAUCUACUAUCUACUAACAGCACGGGCGAGGAGGGGUCCUGAAGGGAACCUGGAGGCUUAUGAACGGACCGCUGUGAAGCUAUAAAUAAAAUGGUUUAGUAGU